AAAAAUGACGUGCAAAUCACGUAUAAAUAGUGUUUCAAAAAUUAAAUAAAAAAAAUAAAAAAUCGGCUGGCAGAUCGCUUGCCGAUCGGGAGCCUGCAAUGGCGGCAAACCGAUCGGCAAGCGCAUCAUCUAGCACCCGGGAAUCGGCAUGCGCUCGCCGUUUUUCUCGCCGAUUUGGCGCUCGCCUGCUGCAAUAGUUCGGCGAGCGGACCGGCCAACGCCGGUAAUUGGCUAGACGAUCCGCUCGCCGCCAUGGUGGAUGCUCUUAAAAAUUGAAGAGAUGAAAACAAAACGUUAGGUGACCAGAAAAUAGAAAAAAGAAAAAUGAGAAUCAUUUAUAGAAGCGGAAGCGGACACGUGGCAAUGGCAGCAUCACCUCCCCAAUUGCGAUGCAUCAAUUCACACUCACCACAUUUACUCUCUCCCACGCACUCUUCUUCCUCUAUAUCUAAUCCCCACACCCUCGUCACGCUGCUUACAAACCUCGAUUCAUAGGCUGAAAUGGGCGCACAGGAAAGCGACGACUUAGAGAGGACUGGCGCCGGCGUUGUGGUGGUGAAGCCCAAGCCUAGCAAGGGCCUAGCCUCCAAGGCCAUCGAUUGGCUCGAAUGGGCCUUCGUCAAGAUGAUGCAUGACUCCAAGCAGCCUCUUCACUACCUCGCGGGCAACUUUGGCCCCGUCGACGAGACUCCGCCGCUCGCCGACCUCCCAGUCCAGGGCCAUCUCCCGGAAUGCCUCAAUGGUGAGUUUGUGAGGGUUGGCCUCAAUCCGAGGUUUGCUCCAGUUGCUGGAUAUCAUUGGUUUGAUGGAGAUGGAAUGAUUCAUGGUAUGCGCAUCAAAAAUGGGAAAGCAGCCUAUGUCUCCCGCUUUGUGAAGACAUCGCGACUUAAACAAGAAGAAUUUUUUGGUGGAUCAAAAUUCAUGAAGAUUGGUGACCUGAAAGGAUUUUUCGGACUUCUCAUGGUUAACUUGCUAAUGCUAAGAACAAAACUCAAAGUACUGGAUUUUACCUAUGGAAAUAGUACAGCUAAUACAGCUCUGGUAUAUCAUCAUGGGAAGCUUUUGGCGCUUAGUGAGGGAGAUAAACCUUAUGCCAUCAAAGUUUUGGAAGAUGGGGAUCUGGAAACGAUUGGCUUGCUGGAUUACGACAAAAAACUGUCACAUUCUUUUACUGCUCACCCUAAAGUUGACCCGUUUACAGGAGAAAUGUUUACCUUCGGCUAUUCUCAAAAGCCACCAUGUGUCACAUACAGAGUUGUAUCGAAGGACGGUGUGAUGCAGGAUCCAGUGCCAAUAACUAUACCAGAGUCAGUUAUGAUGCAUGAUUUUGCCAUUACUGAAAACUAUGCGAUUUUUAUGGAUCUGCCACUGUGUUUCAAACCAAAGGAGAUGGUAAAGGACAAGAAGUUCAUUUAUUCUUUUGAUCCUACUAAGAAAGCCCGUUUUGGGGUUCUUCCGCGAUAUGCAACAAAUGAGAUGCUAAUCAGGUGGUUUGAGCUUCCAAAUUGCUUCAUAUUUCAUAAUGCAAAUGCUUGGGAGGAAGGAGAUGAAGUUGUUCUGAUCACUUGCCGACUUCAAAAUCCUGAUCUUGACAUGGUCAGUGGCGCUGUAAAAGAAAAGCUUGAGAAUUUCACAAAUGAACUGUACGAGAUGAGGUUCAACCUUAAAAAUGGUCUGGCUACUCAAAAAAAGUUAUCUGAGUCAGCCGUAGAUUUUCCCAGGAUUAACGAAAGCUAUACUGGCAGGAAACAACGAUAUGUGUAUGGGACAGUACUGGACAGUAUUGCUAAGGUAACUGGAAUUGUCAAGUUUGAUUUACAUGCUGAACCGGAGACUGGAAAGGAAAAGAUUGAAGUUGGAGGGAAUGUUAGUGGUCUCUUUGACCUCGGACCUGGAAGAUUUGGAUCAGAAGCUGUCUUUGUCCCUCGGGAGCCUGGGACUGCAUCAGAAGAAGAUGAUGGCUACUUGAUUUUCUUUGUGCAUGAUGAAAACACCGGGAAAUCAGUAGUGAAUGUAAUUGAUGCAAAGACAAUGUCAUCCGAUCCUGUUGCUGUGGUUGAACUUCCGAAAAGGGUUCCAUACGGUUUCCAUGCCUUCUUUGUGAACGAGGAACAACUUCAAGAACAGACAAAGAUUUGAUGAGAUUGGAACGAAGAUUUGGGAGUGGAAGAAGCAUAUUUAUGUACGCCAGUCGUUCACUAUAAUUCUCUAUUGCCUUCUUCUCCCAAAUUAAAGACCAAUACUUCUUAUUACUACAGUUUUAUAUUUAUUAUUACAGGUUUAUAUUUAUUAUUAUUAAUGAAACGAAAUUGUUUUACGAGAACCUAUAAAA